GCUUCAACAGAAAUCAUAACCAUACAUUCCCAGAAGUCUUUGGAGGACCAACCACCUUUUCACAGACUGAAGAAAUUCUCCUUUAAAAACUUGUCAUUCCCAUACUUCCCAACAGAGAAAGAAGACAGGAAGACACAAUAUCAUCUUCUGCACGUUCUUGAACAAGAAGUGUUCAAUUUUCAGAGCGGUUUUCCUUUCUGGGAAACCGCUCUUUUAACUGUUCUUUUCUUUCAACCUGUUUGUAUUUCAGUGUAGUGCAGAAUUCAUUUGCCACCCCCAAGGAUCUCCACAGGCAUGUGUAUGGUUUAAGGGGGUGAAAGAAAAGUUGGGUUCUGUAUGCAUGGUAGACACUGAGGAAACUCAAGUUUUGGAUUGGGGAUUAACGCCCGAAUCGAGAUUUUGAUCAGCCUGCUGUGUGUGCAGAGGUUAAUUAGUUAACAAGCCAAGAAGGAGAAAUGUCAGGAGGGUACUACUCCAAGUGCUCUUGUUCUAGGCCUGUUGAGUGGGUGAAGGGGAAAACGGUUGGAUCGGGGUCGUUUGGGAGUGUUCAUUUGGCGAUGAACAAGGCGACGGGGGGACUUUUUGUUGUGAAAUCUGCAGAAUCAGAUUCUGGGCUGCAGUUCCUUGAGAGUGAGGCUGAGAUUCUUGAGAGUUUGGAUUCUCCCCAUGUGGUGAAGUGCAUAGGGAAGGAGAUGUGUGGUGGGAAGAAACUCAAUCUUUUCAUUGAGUACAUGGCAGGUGGGAGUUUAGCAGAUGUGACUCAACAAUUCGGUGGGAAGUUGGAUGAAAUGGUGAUCAGAUUGUACACUAGAGAGAUUCUUUUAGGCCUAAAAUACCUCCAUGAAAAUGGGAUUGUCCAUUCUGAUCUCAAAUGCAGAAAUGUUCUCUUGAGCUCCUCAGGGGAUGUGAAAUUGGCAGAUUUUGGCUGCUCCAAGAGAGUAAAAAAACACCCAAACCCAAUCCCCCUUGCAGGGGUUGCCGGGAGUCCAUUAUGGAUGGCACCCGAGACUUUAAGGAAUCAAGGCGGCCUGGAUUGUGCCUCGGAUAUAUGGUCACUCGGGUGCACAAUCAUAGAAAUGGCAACUGGGAAUCUCCCCUGGGCAGGCAAGAUCUCAAACCCAGUUUCUGCAGUUCUCAGGAUUGCCUGUAGCGAAGACAGGCCAAACUUCCCCUCCCAUUUCUCCCAAGAAGGUUUGGAUUUCUUGGAAAAAUGCCUGGAAAGAGACCCCAGAAAGAGGUGGAAAGCUGAGGAAUUGCUUCACCAUCCCUUCGUGAAUCCAGAAAGCGAGGAAUUCGCUGCUUCUUCCCCAGCAAGUGUUCUUGACAGAAGUAUCUUCCCAGAAACCGAUUACUCAGACGAAUCAGAUGAAGAAGACGAGACACCCCUUAGAAGCCCGGUUCCAAAACCAACUACCAAUAGGUUCUUUCCAUUUUCAAUACUAUGUGAGAACAAGUUUGGUGUCUCAGAACAGCAUCCUAGGUUUGGAGAGCAUUGGUCUACAUCUGAAGAGUGGAUCACUGUGAGAACAAGUUAAGGAAAAAAAAAAAAACAAGAAGUUUUGUGAGACCAGACAAGUCUUAGGUUUGUGUCUGUUUAGUUGUACAGAGAAACAGACAUGAGUAGAUAGUUAUGAAAAUGUAUGGAGGAUCAAAUUGUACACUACACUGUCAUUUAUCUGUAGCUCUAGCGCAUCAGCUUUUGUGGAUGUAUUGUUCCCAAGUCACUGCAGUCACUGCAUUAUAGACAAUUCUUUACUCUUUAUUCC